AUGGAAAACGCCGACAUCCCCAUGGACGAAGGCGAUGGUAUAGAGCUGGGUGAAACGGAUACAGACUCUUUGAUGGACGACGACACGCAUGGCGAGACGACUGAUUCCACUGGCAUGUCUUUUGAGGCUGAGGACAUGGAGGUGGGCACUGCACACACAAAUUUCUCCCUGGACGAUGGCACGUGUGAAUGGUUCAAGGCCAUCGUCAACCCCUUCGACAACGUGGACUUUGGGGACUCAUGGCGACGCAUCCCAAGGCCCAGGCUUGUGGACAGCAUCGAGAAAGAAGCCAUGAAGCCAGUCAACAUUGAGACGUUCGACACGGACGAUGCUCUAGCUCUCUGCCACUCCCAAGAACAAUCACUGCUCUUCACAGCAUUACCGCGGGAGAUUCGGGAACUGGUCUGGAAGUUUGCCACAGCGCCAUACGAGGUUGAGCAGAAACGCUACGAAGAGAACGAAUACUACUGCCGGCCUGGCCACACGGCACCUCUGAACACCGAUUUCGGGCUACUACUCACAUGCCGCAGAGCGUGGCUCGAGGCCAACGCGUACCCGAUGCUUCAAGCUGAGCAAUGCUACUGGUACUACCGCGAAGCUCCCGAUCGUCGCGAUCCGGAUUGGAUGGGUAGCCUGACUGCUAUGAACCGCCGUAAUCUCGGGCAUCUGCACAUCUUCCCGCAGAUGUUCACCAUUGAAGGGCUCGCGGAUCGCAGGACCAGGCCUUUGAGAUCGCAUUUCCCGGAGUGGAGAGUCCGGCUUGGAGAAUUCCAGCCUCGCAUGUUGCACGUGACGGUACGACAUACGGAUUGGUGGUACUGGGAGUCAGACGAGCCGCUUCGCUUCAAGGACUCCUGGUUCAAGACUCUUCUUGACACCGACGAACUACGAAGCACGCACAUUAUAAAGCUUGACCUAGAAACGCUGGCAUACAAGGUCAAGCAGCUCAUGCCAAUCGUCGAACGCCUCAGUCAGCUGGAGAGCGAGGAGUUCGAAACCCAUUUCGUCGACGGCAAACCCACCCCAACGAAGUUUGUCCUUCACCGCGACCCGGAGGUCCAGAAAUGGAGCGGACCUGCCAACAUCGACAACGAGAAUUUCACCCCCUACGACGGCAAAGAAAAGCUCGACUACCACAUCGUCACUCUGACCUGGCGACUACACUUCCCAAAAUAUCCACGUGCUCAUGUGCCCACGCUGCGACGUUCGCCUCGUGUCGGCGUGUCGGAAGACCCACCUCGAGAUCCAGAGUCAGACGUGGUGAUAGAAGCACAUGCGCAAGGCGACUUCCCAAGCCUGCCGCAGUAUGAAGAGCACCGUCCGAAUCGUCUGCCGUGGCGUGAUAGGCGGUUGGAGUCACGCAUCAAGCGGAAAGGGCUUGUGGAGUUGAAUGAUUCGAGGAGUUUGAUGAUUAGUGCGGCGGUGUAUGGACAGAAUAAUCAGCGGUAUAGGAGUGAGGUACAUGAGAGGCUGAGGAAGGCGAGGUUUGAUCUGCUGAUGGCGAGGGUGUAUGAGCAGAGCUGGCGUGAGAAGUGGGAGAAGGAGGGAUCGUUGUUGAAGUUUGGGGAGUGA